UAAAGUUUCGGUGGUGGUUAUAUCUCUGGCACCUCCUAUAUUGCAAUGAGUGAAGGUGAAGGUGAGAGUGCAAAAGUUAUCAUCUUUCUCAUACCCUUUUCACUGUUGUUGAAGAAUCUGACGGUGGGGAAUUCAUCAGACAGUGUCUUUGGUUGGGAAUGAAAAAUGGUUGGGAAUUCAUUUCAUAGAUAUACAUGUUGUUUAUUUAAAAUCCGAUCUUGGUUCAUUCAUGUGGUCCUCUACUACCACUCUAUGACCACCCUGCAUACCCAGUACUAAUGGAAUUUUUGUUGGUUCUGCUGCUAACUACAGCACCUGAAACAGUGAAAUUUGAAAGCUCUCUUUCUUUAAAAGCCUUCUUUCUUUCUUUGUACUCUAGAGACUAGAGUGGACUCGAGUUCUUCUAGCCACCUUCGUCUCAAUACAUUGUCUUCACUUUUUUCUUUUUUUCUUUCUGUUCCUUUCUCUUCUGUUUCAUCACCUUUCAAGGAUCUGCAGUCAUUCACCACAAAUCUUGCUUCUUCUUUGUCUCCUCCGUUUUAAAAAAAUGAAAAACUUUCAGAAUUUGGUUUUCAUACACAAACCUCAGUUUCAAAAAAGCUCCUUUCUUUUGUUUUUCCUCUGAAGAAAGAACCGGUGCUUGUUCAUGUCUAUGUACUAGUUGGUGAAAUCCCCCACCCACCUAGAAGUUUUUGUUUCUGGGUCUUAUUCUUCUCAUUUUUUCUAAGCUUUUUGCUUUGAAUCUGCGUGUUGUUGUGAAGAGUGAUUAUUAGUAGUGCUGCCUGCAACAUGUCAGCGAUGGAUCUUUUUCAAAAACCAUCUUCUCUCAGAAAAUCAAACAGAUUUGAAACAGCCAUGUGGGCUGCAAAGCUUGUUCUCAUGUCCAUGGGGGUUGUCUCCACUCUUGUUUUGUUUAAAGUGGCAGUAGUCCCAUACACAUUCCACCUUCUUCUCUCCACUCUCCCUCAGUUUUGGGUCUCAGUUAGAAGCUGGCUAACACUCCCAUUCCUUUACAUCAUUGUCAACUUCAUCAUCGUCAUCAUUGCAGCUUCCUCCAAAACCAAUACCCACCCCAAACACUUCUCCGACUCUCCUGCACUCUCUGAUCCCAAGCACUCAACCACCACCAUUUCAGACACUACCAGCCACCCAACCGAGCCAGAGAGCCAAACAGAUGAACCCAAGGAAGAAGAAAAGGAGGUUGAAGAAGAACAAGAACAAGAACAGCUAGAGCAAAAGCAAGAGCAAGAACAAAAGGUGGUUGAAGAGACUGAUUUGUCCUAUGGCAAAUUCAUGCUCCACCCUUUGCUAGAAAAUUGCACCAAUGAUUAUCUGUUACCGGAUUCCGAUGGUGAUGACACACUGGAAGCCACGUGGAAGGCCAUCAUGGAGGGGCAGGGGAAAACGAUGAGGCCACAGCUGAAGAAGAGCGACACAUGGGGCGCAAGGAUUGCUAAGGCAGAGCCAUUUCGUCGCAAUGGGGAGGGUGAUGAUGAUGAUGACCCUGUGGCUUGGGCUCAGAAGGAGCUAAAAAAGUCAGACACUUUCAACGAUAGAGCUUCCUUGAGAAGGGAAAAAUCCAUGAGUCUAGAGGAGCUGAAUCGCAGGGCGGAAGCUUUCAUUAAGAAGUUCAACCAUCAAAUGAAGUUGCAGAGGCUGGAAUCUAUCCAGCGUUUGAAGGAAAUGGUAAAUCGCCGUGUCUGAUGUGGCUAGCUACUACUCUCUUUCUUUUUCACCAGUCACAGUGAAAAUUUAGCAAAGUGAUGAGAAUCUAUGGAACUUUGUUGACCAUUUUGAAGGACAUGCUGUGUACAUAUUUUUGCUGCUGAGACUGUGAAGAAGCCAAGACAAGUAUCAGACAUGGUGUACUUUUUCCCUUGUCAAGUUUCUUGUGACAUGGUGGGCAUAAGUUAGGUUUCUCCCAAUCUGUUGUGCAAUUUCUUUGCUCUACAUCUUCUACUAAACUAUUCAGAAGUUUAGUUUUUCUCAUAUCACCUAAUGUUUGUAUUGAUUAUGUAGUUUGAACCCAGGUAGCAUUAUGAGGCGAUUGUUUAAUAUCCAAUGUACAAUUUCUGCUAUUUUAUGCAGACUUAAUAAUUUACCAAUUAAUCCAGCUUUAAAAUGCA